AUGCGCGGCUUGAUUGUGGACUUGGAGCGCAAUGAGGAGGAGGUUGGCUUGAAUGAGGGUCAGCACAUUGGCAUUGAUACAGCUUCAUCACGUAAGUGGCAGAUUCGCUUGGGACUAGCUGCCACUGCAGCAGGCUUGGCUUGCUUCUUUUGCCUCCAGAUCAUGGACCAGCACGGCUCCAAAGUCCAAGAACGCGAGUUUCCCGUGAGUUUCGUGGAAGUGGAGGAGAGCAUCAAUGCUACGGAUGCCAAGGACUUUGAGACUUUUGCCUGCAGAAAGGUGGACGCGAUUUCAGGGGACUAUUUGAGUGUGAACUACUACAUGAGUCUAUGUGGAACCUUUCAUUGCUCUGGCUGCAGAAAGAACAGCGCCAUCGAAAUGCUGGAGUUUCACGUGUGGGCCACAACUGGAUUCUUUGGCUUGCCACCUGGACCCGCCAAGGUUCAUGAAGUUUGCUUGGUCAUGGGGUACAAGCAUGCUGCUUUCAGCAUCCAGCGCAACUUUUCUGCGCCAAUUACGGACUAUGCCUAUGGAGGCAUCUAUGAGAAGAACAAAGAAAGUCCUGUCCAAUUGGCAAGUAGCUUGACUUUCAGGUCUGAUAUUAACGAAGAAAAAUCCUAUCAUGGCGUUUACCAUCCUCAUCAACGUCAGUUUCUUGAGGUUGACGUCCGCAAGAAGCUAUAA